AUGUGUGCACAGACCAUGAGCGAGCCAGGGCCUUCCAUCAUCGCUUCCUUUCCCUUUCCCACACGGGACGAACGCUUCUAUCAACAUCGCAACCACGUCGGCCCAGCACCUGACGCCCCAAAUGAUCACGACAUCGAAAAAGGAGGCGCGACCACCAAAUCCGCUAUGCUCCCCGCCGCGCUCGAUAUUGCACUGAGCCGCAAUGCGAUUCGUAUUUUUCGAAUCAAGGGACGGAUCCAUGUCUACGGCCGAUCUCAGGAAUCGUUGGGUGCAACAUCGUCGACCUGGCCUGUGUGCUCUGGAGCCUUGACGAGCAGCGACACGAAACACCAGACAGGCUUCACUCCGGUCGUCAACGGGCAGCGCAACGUCCGAGCUUACUCCUUCGGAGAUAUUCUCACGUCUGCGUUGGCAAGCAAGAACGAUUCAGUAAUCAAUAUCGAAUAA